AUGGCUUGGCCAUAUUUGUCCCGAGGCACCCAGCCCUUGUUACGCCGGAACUGUCGUUACCACAUGGUCGUGUUCCUGCUCACCUUCACCAGCUACGUCUUGUAUCAUGCUUCGAGAAAGGCCUUCAGCAGUGUGAAAGUGAGUAUCUCCAGCUUCUGGAUUCUCCACUCCACCAGAGUAUACCCCAACAGCACCUACUUCUCUCUGAAUACCCAACAAGCCAUCCUUCUUUGGGGGACGUUAGAUACAAUUUCCCUCUUCUCCUGUGCAGUGGGGCUUUUCAUGAAUGGCAUAGUUGGAGGGUGGAUCGGCCUACGGUGGCUGAUGGCCAUCGGCAUGUGUUGCAAAGGCAUAAUGACUUUCAGCUUUGGCACUCUAAGCAAGUGGCCCUGCUUUUAUAACAAAUGGUUUUACUUCUCUCUAUGGAUGUUCAAUGGAUUGCUUGAAUCUACUGGCUGGCCCCUUGUCGUAGCCAUCAUGGACAUAUGGUUUGGCAUAACUGGCCAGGGCUUUUUGCUUGGGCUCUGGGGUGCCUGUGCCUCUAUGGGCAAUGUCUUGGGAGCAUGUGUGAGCGUUUUGCUUCUACAGUAUGGCUAUGAAUACACCUUCUUAGUAACAGCCUUCAUGCAACUUACUGCUGGAUUAAUCAUCAUCUUCACCAUUUGUAUAUCACCAGAACAACCUGCUGUCAUAUAUAUAGAGCGUGAAAGUGAUUCUGAAGACGAACUUGAAAGAAUGAUAAUGAUGUAUGGUGAAAUUGAUACUGAUGGGCUGGAAGAAAAUGAGUACUAUGACUUUGUUGAGGUGGUUGAGGGACAAAAUGACCUAUUACUUCGACCAAUAGUUUUCCAUGAGGUCUCUCCCUUCCCUGAAGUUCUACUACAUUCCCUGACCAAUGCCUGUGUGAAGCUGGUGAACUAUUCCUUUUUUUUCUGGCUGCCCUUUUAUUUAAACAGCAGCUUUGGGUUUGCAGAAGCUAAGGUGAGCCAGUUUUCUGUUUGGUACGAUUUGGAAGAGAUUGUAAAUGGAACAUUUCAAGGAUUCCUCUCAGAUGUAGUUCAGAAAAGAUCUAUGUUUGCUCUGUGUGUGCUUCUGACCAUUGGGUCCCUGGUUGGCUAUAACCAUACUCCCAAAAACAAGGCUAUAAAUGCACUGCUGAUGUCAAUUACCGGGCUUUUUAUCGGUGGACCCUCAAAUGUUACGGGUUCUGUGAUUUCUACUGGUUUAGGGUGCCCAGAGCAGAUGCAGGGGAGUAGAAAGGCCUUGGCCACAGGUACAGGCAUUGCAAAUACAACUGUCAGCAUAGACACUGCAGUGGGACAAUAUUUAGUAUCCCUGAUCCAAGACAAACUACGAUGGAUGUGGGUUUUCUGGUUUUUUGUGCUCGUGACAGCCUGCACUCUUCUUUUAAUUUCUGUACUACUGCUGAGGGAAAUAAGAAAUUUUGUCCAAAGAAGGCUUGCCCCUACAUUUAGAGAAUAA